AUGGUUUUAUAUCGUUACGGAUCAUUGGCACGGGCAGGAAAGGUCAAAUUUCAAACCCCUCGUGUUCCAAAAGAUGAUGAAACCAAUCACAAGUACAAUGGAGGACAAAAGAAAUUGAGAGAACAUUCAAAGAAUAACAAGAAAUACAAGAGUGGAGCCAAUCGAUGGAUAUCGGAACAGAUCUCAACAGAUCCAAGCUCUUGUACAACUGAACCACAAGCUCCAUACAAUUAUGUGUCAAAUAGUUUACAUAAAUUUAAUACUUUGGAAGGAUUGAGUCGUUUGGAAUUCAAAUGGACAAAUAUCCAAAACAAGAGAUUACAACUCAAAGCAGAAGCUUAUUAUGAUAGAAAUAACAAAAAUCAUAAGAAAUGGCAUAGAAAUCAUCCAAAAGAUGGAUUCUAUCAAUUCAGACAUGUUUUUGAUGAAGUAUGA